AUGGAAUUUUGUUUCCUUCAGAUGUUGCCUACUACCAAAGCAGACAUCGUACGUAUACCAGCAACCGAUCCAAAUAUUGAAGAUGAAAUAUUAAAACAUCUUGAACGUGAUGGUGUCGUGAUUGUUACUGGUAUGUUUUCUAAAGAUCAUAUUGAACAAGUGAAAAAAGAUCUUGCACCUCAUUUCGACGCGGACAUUCCCGACGAAUCAGGUUUCUUUCCAAUAACAACACAACGAGCCAAUGCUGUCUUUGGCAUUUCACGAGGUUGUGUCGAUAUGGCUAUGAAUCCUUUGUUAUUAGCUAUAGCCAAUAGACUGCUAACAUCGACCUAUACCUUUUAUCGUGGCUCGGAAAAGUGCAAAGCUGUUUCAAAGCCAGUCAUUUCCUCUGCUAUCGGCUUUCGUAUAAAACCUGGUGGUCGACAACAAGGACUUCACCGCGAUGACGAAGAUUAUCACGCGCGACCAUGUGAUCGGCCAGUGAUGGUUAGCUAUGUGACUGCUAUAACGCGAACAACCAAGAAUAACGGAGCAACCAUCGUAAUUCCUGGUUCACAUUUAUGGGAAGACGAAGAUCGCAUGCCAUUAGUAGAAGAAGCGAUACCUGCUGAAUUAGAACCUGGUGACACGACAAUGUUUCUAGGUAAUCUUUACCAUGCCGGUGGCGAAAACCAUACUCAAGAUGAACAACGUGAAACAGUCGGUAUAUUCUUCGCAAAAGCAUUCUAUCGUCAAGCAGAAAAUGAAUAUCUUUCGGUACCACCUGAACGAUGCAGAGAGCUUAAAUUAACUUCAGAGGAAUUACGAGUACUCGGUUAUGGAAUUUCACAACCAUCUUGUGGAACCUUCAAUUACAAAGAUCCAAUUGAAUCUAUUUUCGGAAUUAUCGAUAAUCAGACUAUUAAACUGUAG